AUGGGGACCUGGAUUUUGUUUGCCUGCUUCCUAGGAGCAGCCUUCACUAUGCCUCUACCACCUCAUCCUGGGCAUCCUGGUUAUAUUAACUUCAGCUAUGAGAUAAAACUAAAAUCAAGCAUAUUAAUGUCUCUUUCUUUGAAGGUACUCACCCCUUUGAAGUGGUAUCAAAGCAUGAUAAGGCAGCCGUAUCCUUCCUAUGGUUAUGAACCCAUGGGUGGAUGGCUGCACCACCAAAUCAUCCCUGUGCUGUCUCAACAGCAUCCCUCAAGUCACACCACCCUUCAGCCUCAUCAUCAUCUCCCAGUGGGGAGAGCUCUGCAGCCUAUGGUCCCCCAGCAACCAGUGAUGCCAGUUCCUGGCCACCACUCCAUAGCUCCAAACCAACACCACCAGCCUAACCUGCCACCAUCUGUUCAGCCACCCUUGCAGCAGCCUUUCCAUCCCCAACCCAUUCAACCACAGCCUCAUCAACCUAUCCAGCCCCAGCCACCUCUGCAUCCCAUACAACCCUUGGCACCACAGCCAGCUCUGCCUCCACUGUUCCCCAUGCAGCCACUGCCCCCAUUUCUUCCUGAUCUGACUCUGGAAGCUUGGCCAGCAACAGACAGGACCAAACGGGAAGAAGUGGUGAGUAAAAUUUGAAUCCACUAAAUACAAUUCUUUGGGAAUUGAUACAGAUUAAGUGGAUGUAAAAUGCAAUUUCCAAACACUUGAAGGUCAUGAAUUG